ACAAAACUACUCAAGCCUCGAGCUUCAUGCUCAAUGCAGCCUCUGAGCGUUUCCUCUCUCUCUUUUCACGUUUCCAACCUUUUUUUCUACUCUCAUCAUCAAACUCAAAUCUCACUCGUUCAAUUUCCCACGUACACACCUCACCGACGCAUUCAUUCUUCGCCACCCACAAUGAACUUCUUGAUUCUUUCGAUGCCCUUCUUCAACGUUGCUUCACUCUCCAACAAGCUCGUCAGCUUCACUCCCAAUUGGUUCUCACCACCGCGCAUCGUUCUCCCUUUUUGGCCGCCAGGCUCAUAGCUGUUUAUUCUCGCUUUGGUUUUGUCUCCUACGCCCGUAAAGUGUUUGAUGCGAUCCCCGUUGAUGGUCUCCAACAUUAUCUUUUGUGGAAUUCAAUUAUCAGAGCCCAUGUCUCUCAUGGGUACUUUGAAUAUGCGCUUCAGCUUUAUGUUGAAAUGCGUAAGCUUGGAUUUUUGCCUGAUGGGUUCACUCUUCCCUUGAUAACACGGGCUUGUUCGUAUCUGAGGAGCUUUAGUCUCUGUAGAAUUGUGCAUUGCCAUGCUUUGCAAAUGGGUUUCCGGAAUCAUCUUCAUGUUGUGAAUGAAUUAUUGGGUAUGUAUGGGAAGUUUGGGCGAAUGGGGGAUGCGUGCCAAUUGUUUGAUGGAAUGGUUGUGAGAAGCCUUGUGUCGUGGAAUACUAUGGUUUCGGGUUAUGCUUUCAACCAUGACUCAUUUGGUGCUUCUAGGAUUUUUAAGCGGAUGGAGUUCGAAGGUCUGCAGCCAAACUCUGUGACGUGGACCUCCUUGUUGUCAAGCCAUGCUAGAUGUGGAUUUUGUGAUGAAACCCUUGAGUUGUUUAAGGUGAUGAGAACACGGGGAAUUGAAAUCAGUGCUGAAGCACUAGCCGUGGUUUUAUCUGUUUGUGCUGAUAUGGCAAGAGUUGACUGGGGCAAAGAAAUUCAUGGGUAUGUUAUUAAAGGUGGACAUGAAGAUUAUUUGUUUGUGAGAAAUGCACUGAUAGGCGCUUAUGGAAAGCAUGAACAUAUGGGGGAUGCACAUAAAAUAUUUUUGGACAUGAAGAUCAAGAAUCUAGUAAGUUGGAAUGCUUUGAUAUCAUCGUAUGCUGAAUCUGGAUUAUGUGAUGAGGCCUAUGCAGUGUUUUUGCAGCUGGAAAAAUCAGAUGUUCAUUCCUUGGUGAGACCCAAUGUCAUAAGUUGGAGUGCAGUGAUUAGUGGUUUUGCUUCUAAGGGGAGUGGUGGGAAGUCACUGGAACUUUUUAGGCAAAUGCAGCUUGCCAAUGUAAAAGCCAACUGUGUGACAAUGGCCAGCGUUUUAUCAGUUUCUGCAGAGUUAGCAGCGUUGAACCUUGGCAGGGAGCUCCAUGGUUAUGCUGUUAGGAGUUUGAUAGAUGACAAUAUUUUGGUGGGAAAUGGUUUGAUUAAUAUGUAUAUGAAGUGUGGGGAUUUCAAGGAAGGACAUUUAGUGUUUGAUAACAUUAAGAGUAGAGAUUUAAUCUCAUGGAACUCGUUAAUUGGGGGUUAUGGAAUGCAUGGGCUUGGUGAGAAUGCUUUAAGAACUUUUGAUGAGAUGAUUGGAGCUGGAAUAAAGCCAGACAACAUCACUUUUGUUGCUCUUCUCUCUGCUUGCAGUCAUGCUAGACUUGUUGCUGCGGGGCGCAACGUUUUUGAUCGGAUGGUCACAGAGUUUAGUAUUAAACCUAAUGUAGAGCACUACGCAUGCAUGGUUGAUCUCCUUGGUCGUGCUGGACUCUUGAAAGAAGCAACUGAUAUUGUGCAAAACAUGCCAAUUGAACCUAAUGAGUAUGUUUGGGGAGCUCUUCUAAACUCAUGCAGAAUGUACAGGGAUACAGACAUUGUAGAUGAAACCGCAUCACAAAUUCUAACCAUGAAGUCAAAAAUAACUGGGAGCUUCAUGCUGCUGUCCAAUAUUUAUGCUGAAAAUGGAAGAUGGGAUGAUUCUGCAAGGGUCAGGGUGUCUGCAAAGACAAAAGGCUUUAAAAAAAUACCUGGUCAGAGUUGGAUUGAGGUGAGAAAGAAAGUUUACACGUUCUCAGCAGGGAAUUUAGUCCAUUUGGAACUUGAUGAAGUUUAUGUGAUCCUUGAAGAAUUGGCACUUCACAUGUCGAGUGAAAAUUAUAAACUCAAUAGUUGCUUUAGAGUACAAUGUGUUUACGACCAAUCAGAGCUCUUCAUGGUUGCAAAUUGAGAGGCUAGCUAGAUAUUAUGCCGAGCUAUCAAGAAAAUUAAAUUACAUAAUUUGUUAUCAUGCAUCAGAUGUAGUUUAAUAUUUAACGCGUAGGAUCAAUUUGUUUUACACAUUAUUUUUCAGUCCAUUAACAUUGAUUUUAAACAUUUUGAAGUAAUAUUUGUGAUAUUUUUAUUUUUUGAUAUAAUAAAUGUUUUUUAAGAAGAAAUAUU